AUGCUUGGAAGUCAAAAGAAUUUUGAUCAAUUAAAUCCAUUCAAAGAAAAAAUAGUCCAUUUCGACUUAAAAGGAGCACCGCCAACAUUGAAAUACUACAAGAAGAUAUUUCCAUUGUUGAAAAAAAUGAAAGUUGAUGGUAUAUUAAUGGAAUAUGAAGAUAUGUUUCCAUAUUGGAAUGAACUUACGGUGUUGAAACGAACAAUUGCUUAUUCUAAGACUAUUUUAAAAGCUAUUUUAGAGUUAGCAUCUAAUAAUAAUUUGGAAGUUAUUCCACUUGUACAAACUUUUGGUCAUAUGGAAUUUGUUUUGAAACAUUCGAAAUAUUCUAUAUAUCGUGAGGAUAUAUUUAAGCAUGAUACAAUAUGUCCAUCAGAUGAAGGUUCAUGGCAUUUAAUUACUGAAAUGCUCACUCAGAUACGUAUUAUGCAUCCAAAUGCAAAACGAAUACAUAUAGGUGCUGACGAAGUAUAUACUAUUGGUCAGGAUUUUCGAUGUAUUAAUCGACGUAUGGAAAGUUUAAGUUUUACGGUGGAUCAUUUAAAAUUGGAUCAUAUUAGCAGGGUAGCAAGAUAUGCUCGAAGUGAGUUAAAUUUUGCGGAAGUGCUAGUAUGGAAUGAUAUGUUCAGUGAUAUUGAAAUUGAUUUAUUGAAUCAAUAUGAAAUGGGUCAAUUGGUUACACCUGUUAUUUGGGGUUAUGCUGUUAAUGUUACUAAAUUGAAUUAUUUCCCGAUAAAUAUGUUUAAAAGAUAUUCACAGGUUUUUCCAAAAAUGAUGUUUGCAAGUGCAUUCAAAGGCGCAAAUGGACAAAAUGAAUCAUUUUGUUAUAUUAGACGUUAUCUUGCCAAUCAACAAUCAUAUGUGGAAUUGUAUGAGAAAGAAAAGCAGGAUUUGAAUGGUAAAAUUUCGGGUAUUAUUUUAACCGGUUGGCAGCGAUAUAAUCAUUACAGUCCAUUAUGUGAAAUUUUACCAGUUUCAAUUCCAUCGUUGAUUGUUGAUCUUGUUUAUUUGAAUAAUAUUGAAUUGAGCGAAGAUGAAAUUAUACAGAAAGCAAAAUUAAGUUUCUCUUAUUUACAUUAUGCAAAUUUAAUUUAA